AUGCCCACACCACCCCUCCCCGCCCCCCUCACCCUCAUCGUCGCAACAACACCAAUCCACAUCCCCUCCCCCGCAAAUGCAUCCGCCGGUCCAACAACAAAAACCGUCCUGGGGAUCGGCCUAAACGGCACGCUCCCCUGGCCGCGCAUCAAGACGGACAUGUCGUUUUUCGCGCGCGUCACGGCGCGUCCGCCAUCGGCCACCACCACAACAACAACAACAGCAGCAGCAGGGAAAGCGAAGACAAACGCGCUCAUCAUGGGUCGCAAGACUUACGAUUCUGUUCCGCCGAAGUUACGGCCUCUAGGGAAGAGGCUUAAUGUUGUUGUUUCGAGGGAUAAAGAGGGGGCUGUUGCGGAGAGGGUGAGGGGGGAGUUGGAAGUUAAGUGGGGGAGGGAGAAGGAGCUGGCUGAGGCUAAGGCGAAGGCUAAAGCCGAGGAGUCUACUGCUGCGGGUCAUACUACGACUACUGCGGCUACUACUACGCCCGCUGAGGGGCGAACCGAUGCGUUUGUGUCGGCGAGUCUGGAGGAGGCAUUGACACGGCUUGAUGCUGCGGCGGCGGAAGAGGAAGGGGGUGUUGGGAAUGUCUUCGUGAUUGGGGGCGCGGAGAUCUAUGGUGCUUCGUUGAGGGUAGGGACUGAAUCUGGGUCCGGGGUGAAGAGGAAGGUCAGACUUGUGAUGACCGAUGUGGAGAAGGCGGAUGGUAGUGGGUUUGAAUGUGAUACGUUUUUCCCGAUUGAUGGGAAAGACCUAGCUGGAGAAAGGUGGAGGAAGGUUAGUGCGGAGGAAGUGACAAACUGGGUUGGCGAGGAGGUUACAGGGGAGUGGAUUCAGGAAGGGGAUGUGAGGGUACGCAUGGUUGGAUAUGAGAGUGUGUAA